AUGGUAUUGCGGCCGAUAGGAAUUCUGAUUGGAAAGGUACUACUUGACAACGCUGCUCGUAAAACUGCAACUGCUCAGAUUGUUCGCACGUCCGCUACAUUGGCGACAUAUCAAAAUGUUCGCACUAGGAAGCGUACUCCUCGGGCAACUGAAACGAACCCCUUCUUAAAAGAAGAGGUAUUGAGCCGAAUUGGUGGAAACUGUAUUCGUAGAAACCAUACACAUGCGGAGCGGGAAGCAAAACUGCUCCAGGAAUCGCUCGAUAAUGAAACAUGGGUAGCAGUAUUUCGGUAUCCACGAGUACGAUUUGCUGCGCUUCUUGCCAGAGCCAAGCUCGUCCAGACGAUUGUCACAGUGUGCUAUCUGCCUUAUUCGUCGUAUGAGUACCUUGUUGGAAAUGUCGAUGUGACAUUUUUUUACUCAACGGCAACACUUGCUGUUUUAGCUCCUUUGCUGCUUGCAUUGUUCAGCAGAUAUUUGAAUAGACUUAUCGGGGUAAUAGCGAUGAAUGAAAGCAACGAUUAUGUCAGAAUUGGUUACUUGUCGUUCUGGGGAUCCCGGAGGAAUAAAUACGUGGAGAUUGCCGAUGUGCUUCCACUGACCGAAGUAGCUGGUAACAAAAACGAUGCGUUGGUCAAAUUUUCUUGGUUCGGCGGGAACGGCUUCCUCUACCUACCAAUCAAAAACGUUGAAAUUGUAGACGAAGAAAGAGCGAAAAUAUUAUUCGGAGACCUGAGCCUAUUUAAUUCAAAAACGUGA